CCGGUGUGUCUGUGUGCCGUGUGCUGAGCUUCCUCCCGCUGCUCCCGCUGGCCGGGGAACACCUGAACAGCGGCUCAGCCACAGGGUGUGAUUGCGGCGCUCCGUUGUGCAGCCGGGAGUUGCACUCGGGGCCCAUUGGGGUCCAUUCGGAUUCGGAAUCUGAGAGAUCCCCAAAUGUGAGAGGAACUGUGAGCGGUGUUAGACAGAAAAACUAGAGAUUAAAGAGUAAGGGUGAAUGGGGGGGGUCUGGUUGUGCUGCAGAUGUACCGCAGUCAGGAGCCAGGCCUGUGGUAAAAAACUGCCCUGAGAACUGACACUUUCCAUGGGCUCAUGGAAGCUGUGAGCAAGGAAAAUCCCCCAUAUGGGAUUGCACAGGCAUCUUCUGAUCCUCGGGGCAUGUAGCGCCUGCAGGAAAUGAGCGUUUCCUCACUCCCUGGAGCAGAGGUUUGCUGUGUGCGGCUGAGCACAAGGGGCUGACGGGGGACCCUGACCUCACCUGGCUCCUUCGACAUCGGCUUCCCCUUUAAGAUGGGAAUCCUUAUUGCAGUUCUGGGGGUCUGGGUCAGCUGUUCAUUUGUAAAAGGAGACUCUAAGGCUGUGACAACGUCUCUAACUACAAAGUGGUCUUCAACCCCUCUGCUCCUUGAGACGAGUGAAUUUCUAUCAGAAGAAAGUCAAGAAAAGUUCUGGAAUUUUGUUGAAGCCAGUCAGCAUAUCAGGACAGCUGAACAGGAGGGCAGUGAUUAUUCUGCUUACCAUGAAAUGCUGAAGGUCGCCUCCCAGAGCCUGUCACCCUUACAACAGAAUUUGUUGAAGUUUUCCUUGUCCUUACGUUCUUACUCUGCAACAGUUCAGGCUUUUCAGCAGAUAGCAGCAGAUGAGCCUCCACCAGACGGUUGUACCCUGUUUUUUGCUGUGCAUGGGGAGAAGACAUGUGAAUAUGACUCUCUUGGAACACUUCUAAGGACUGCUUCAGAAAGACCAAAGCCCUUUUUGUUCAAAGGGGACCACACAUACCCAGCGUCCAACCCUGAACGUCCCGUUGUCAUUCUGUAUGCUGAGAUUGGCACAGAGGAUUUCUACAGAUUCCACAAGCUGCUUGUGACAAAGGCUGAGGCAGGAGAAAUCACUUAUGUCUUCAGACACUAUAUUGCUAAUCCCAGUGAGGAAAAAGUCUACCUCUCUGGCUAUGGUGUGGAACUGGCUAUUAAAAGUACUGAAUAUAAGGCCAAGGAUGAUACGCAGGUGAAAGGCACUGAUGUGAAUGCUACGGUAAUAGAUGAAGAUGACCCUAUUGAUGAAGUACAAGGAUUUCUUUUUGGGAAAUUAAGGCAGCUGUAUCCUGACUUGAGUGAAGAGCUGAAAGAGCUUAGAAAACACCUCGUGGAAAGUACCAACGAGAUGGCACCCUUGAAAGUAUGGCAGUUACAAGAUUUAAGUUUUCAAACUGCCGCACGCAUUUUGGCUGCUCCUCCUGUGGAUGCUUUGAUGGUCAUGAAAGAUCUGAGUCAGAACUUCCCUACAAAGGCCAGAGCCAUAACAAAAACAGUUGUUUCCUUGGAUCUCAGAACAGAAAUUGAAGAGAACCAAAAGUAUUUCAAAGGAACGUUAGGAUUGCAGCCGGGGGAUUCUGCUCUCUUCAUCAAUGGGCUGCACGUUGAUUUAGACACUCAGGACAUAUUUAGCUUGUUUGAUGUGCUACGCAAUGAAGCCCGUGUUAUGGAAGGUCUGCACAGCUUAGGGAUCGAGGGGCUUUCCUUGCACAAUGUUCUGAAGCUGAACAUCCAGCCAUCAGAUUCAGACUAUGCGGUGGACAUCAGAAGCCCUGCUAUUUCGUGGAUCAACAAUCUGGAAGUUGACAGCCGGUAUAAUUCCUGGCCUGCCAGUGUGCAGGAGCUGCUGCGUCCCACGUUCCCAGGGGUGAUCAGACAGAUCAGAAAAAACUUCCAUAACUUGGUGCUGAUAGUAGAUCCUACUCAUGAGACCACAGCAGAAUUAUUGAAUGUGGCAGAGAUGUUCUUCAGUAACCACAUCCCACUGAGGAUAGGACUGGUCUUUGUGGUUAAUGACUGUGACGAUGUUGAUGGACUUCAGGAUCCUGGCGUUGCACUUCUCAGGGUGUACAAUUACGUGGCACAAGAAAUGGACAAUAAUUAUGCAUUCCAGACAGUCAUGUCUAUAUAUAACAAAGUAAAAACAGGAGAUCAGCUGAAGGUGGAGCAUGUGGUUAGUGUUCUUGAGAAGCAGUAUCCUUAUGUGGAAGUGAAGAGUGUUCUGGGAAUUGAUUCUGCCUAUGAUCAAAACAGAAAGGCAGCGAAGAGUUACUACGAGCAGACGGGUGUAGGCCCUCUCCCUGUGGUGCUGUUCAAUGGGAUGCCUUUUCAAAAAGACCAGCUGGAUCCUGAUGACCUGGAGACGGUGACAAUGCACAAAAUCCUGGAAACCACAAGCAUCUUCCAACGAGCUGUGUACCUGGGUGAACUAUCUAAUGACCAAGAUGUGGUUGAGUAUAUCAUGAACCAGCCUAACGUUGUUCCAAGAAUUAACUCAAGGAUCUUAAUGUCAGACAGAGAGUACCUAGAUCUGACAGCAAUGAAUAACUUUUAUGUGGAUGACUUUGCUAGAUUCAGCACGUUGGAUUCCAAAGAUAAGACAGCUGCUGUGGCAAACAGCAUGACCUACUUAACAAAGAAAGGAAUGUCUUCCAAGGAGAUCUAUGAUGAUUCUUUUGUUAGACCGGUGACUUUCUGGAUUGUUGGUGAUUUUGAUAAACCUUCAGGAAGGCAGUUGUUAUAUGAUGCCAUUAAACAUCAGAAAUCCAGCAAUAAUGUUCGAAUUAGCAUGAUUAAUAACCCCAGUGAAGAGCCAAACAGCAGCAACACCAUUGUUGCUAAGGCCAUAUGGGCAGCUCUGCAGACGCAAACAUCAAAUAAUGCCAAGAACUUCAUCACCAAAAUGGCAAAAGAAGAAAUUGCAAAGGCACUGGAGGCAGGAGCUGACAUCUUGGAGUUUGCAGUUGGGGGUAUGGAUACCAAUAUUUUUAAGGAAGCCUUUGAAUCUCCCAAAGUUGAUUUCAUUCUGUCCCAUGCUGUAUAUUGCAGAGACGUUCUCAAGCUGAAGAAGGGGCAGAGGGCUGUGAUCAGCAAUGGAAGGAUAAUUGGCCCAUUAGAGGAUGGUGAGAUGUUCAAUCAGGAUGACUUCCACCUCCUUGAGAAUAUCAUCCUAAAGACAUCAGGACAGAAAAUCAAAUCUCAAAUUCAGCAGCUGGGAUUUGAAGAAGAUCUUGCAAGUGACCUGGUAAUGAAAGUGGAUGCUCUUCUUUCUGCUCAACCAAAAGGAGAGGCAAGAAUUGAAUAUCAGUUUUUUGAAGAGAGAUACAGUGCAGUUAAACUAAGACCAAAAGAGGGGGAGACGUAUUUUGAUGUUGUGGCCAUUGUUGAUCCUGUUACCAGAGAUGCUCAAAGACUUGCUCCGUUACUUUUGGUAUUGAACCAAUUGAUAAAUAUGAACCUGAGGGUGUUUAUGAACUGCCAGUCAAAACUUUCUGACAUGCCUCUAAAAAGCUUUUAUCGCUACGUUUUGGAGCCGGAAAUUUCUUUCACAGCAGAUAACAGCUUUGCUUCUGGACCAAUCGCCAAGUUUUUGGAUAUGCCUCAGUCUCCAUUAUUCACUUUGAACCUGAAUACUCCUGAGAGCUGGAUGGUGGAGUCUGUCAGAACCCCGUAUGACCUUGAUAAUAUUUACUUAGAGGAGGUGGAUAACAUUGUUGCUGCGGAGUAUGAGUUGGAGUAUCUGCUUCUGGAAGGACACUGCUACGAUAUCACCACUGGGCAGCCACCUCGGGGCCUGCAGUUCACCCUGGGAACCUCAAGCAAUCCUGUCAUUGUGGAUACCAUUGUUAUGGCCAACUUGGGUUACUUCCAGUUAAAGGCCAAUCCUGGCGCAUGGACUCUGAGGCUCAGGAAGGGCAGAUCUGAAGAUAUCUACAGGAUCUAUAGCCACGAUGGCACAGAUUCUCCGCCUGAAGCUGAUGAAAUUAUUGUCGUUCUCAACAACUUCAAGAGCAAAAUUAUUAAAGUGAAGGUUCAGAAAAAGCUCGACAUGAUGAACGAAGAUCUACUGAGUGAUGGCACCAGUGAGAACGAAUCUGGAUUUUGGGAAUCUCUCAAAUGGGGAUUCACAGGAGGACAAAAGAAUGAAGAUGUGAAACAGGAUAAAGACGACGUAUUAAAUAUAUUCUCUGUGGCUUCAGGACAUUUAUAUGAAAGGUUCCUACGCAUAAUGAUGUUGUCUGUGCUGAAACACACUAAGACUCCCUUAAAGUUCUGGUUUCUGAAGAACUACUUGUCACCUACAUUCAAGGAGUUCAUCCCAUACAUGGCAAAGAAGUACAACUUCCAGUAUGAGCUUGUCCAGUACAAAUGGCCACGCUGGCUUCACCAGCAAACGGAGAAGCAACGAAUCAUCUGGGGUUACAAGAUCCUCUUUCUAGAUGUGCUCUUCCCAUUAGCUGUUGAUAAAAUCUUAUUUGUGGAUGCUGAUCAGAUUGUGCGCACAGAUCUCAAGGAAUUGAGAGAUUUCAAUCUAGAUGGUGCUCCUUAUGGAUAUACUCCGUUCUGUGACAGUAGAAGAGAGAUGGAUGGCUACAGGUUCUGGAAGUCAGGAUACUGGGCAAGCCACUUAGCUGGAAGGAAAUACCAUAUCAGUGCUCUGUAUGUUGUGGAUCUGAAGAAGUUCAGAAAGAUUGCAGCUGGAGACCGCCUCCGAGGACAGUACCAGGGCCUCAGUCAGGAUCCAAACAGUCUGUCUAACCUUGAUCAGGAUUUGCCCAACAACAUGAUCCACCAGGUGCCGAUCAAAUCGCUGCCACAGGAAUGGCUUUGGUGUGAAACAUGGUGUGAUGAUUCGUCAAAGAAGAGAGCAAAAACCAUUGAUUUGUGUAAUAACCCAAUGACCAAAGAGCCCAAGCUGCAAGCAGCAAUGCGGAUCGUCCCAGAGUGGCAGGACUAUGAUCAAGAAAUCAAACAGCUCCAUAAUCUUUUCCAGAAAGAAAAAGAAACAGGAUCACCAGCUCAGAUGUCAGGACAGCACACACAAGAUGCAGUGGCACAUGUGGAAUUAUGAUCCAUGGAGAAGAAUUCAAGUCAGACUGUUUCAUAGACAAUUUUUAUAUGGAAAGCUAGGAUUUUUGUUGGUCAUUUGUUUGGUUUUUUUUCCCAGUAUGUCUGCAAAACUGCUGAAUAAUUGAAUGGGAUGAUGUGUGCAUUUUUAUUACCUGCCUUUGGGUUAAUUUCUGCAUAUGAAAUAAGAUCUGGAUUGCUGGGAUUAGCAUUACCGUUCGUUUGCACCUGUGGUGGAGAUGAAAGAGCCCGUGAUGGAAUUCAGCCUUCUGGAAAAAAACUUCAAAAUCCACUGGAAAAGCCCCAUCCUGCUCCUUCUGCUGUUGCUGCUUCCACCACUGGUGAAGAUCCUGUGUUUGCCUCAGAUCUCAUUUGAGAGCCUGGAUAAUGCAGCCCAGUGAGCCGCUGGCUGGAACCUAAGCCCAAGCCCCAACUGAUGGAGUUUAUUUUUCCAGGUGAUUUUAAAAGGCUCUGAAUCGUGCUUUCAAUUGGGAUGCUGUUUCAUCAGCCAGUUUUCAGUCAACAAUUCUCCUUGCACUGGUUUGGUAUGCCCUUGAUUUAUUUUAUUUUUUUAAUCAAAUCCAGCAUUGCUUCAUCUCUGUUUCCUGUCUUCAUUUAUCGCCCAACUUUUGAGGGUUUGGCUUCAUGUAAAUCUACCAGAGUCUGUGUAAAUGCCCGUCCCAAAUACAAAUGCCUACAAAGGGAUCAGAGCAUUGGACCUGACUGUUCUGUUCCUCGCAGCCUGUCUGACUGGAAAUAAAAGAAGUGCCCUCCUGCCUCCUCUGCUCAAAGCUCAAGUCCACCUGCAAGCCAGUAGGGCCUUCCCAUUGCUGUGGUUCACUGAUUCAUGAAUGUGUUUUUGUUUGCUGGUAGAAGAAGCUGUGGAAGCUUGGAAGCUUUUCAUCAUGUACAUUUCACUAAUUUCAUUUUUCUUCAAACACAGAUGUUGUCACAUGAGUAUAAAUCUCUGGAGUUCUUAGAUCUUAGUUCACAUUCGGUCUUUUCAUCAUCCUGUUUCCUCACACAUUACUCCAAUUUGAUUCUGGAACUUUGGAAUAUCUGAGUUGCAUUUGUUUUCCUUUAACACACUGACAAGAAAACAUUUUGCUCCAAAGAUGGGUCACCCCAAAUUGGUUGGGGUUUUUUUUUGUUGUUGUGUUUUUCUUUGUUUAAUAGUUCGUAUCCAUGUGUUAAUUCCUAAAGGUGCUGUAGUAGUUACAUGAACUUAAAAUCCUCAAACCCUCCUUCCCUCAUUCUGUAGGGUUAUUGUCUGCUCCCUGGAACACAGAGACUUGGAAGAGCUGAAAUACAGGAACCCAACUGGUAUUUCUGUGCUGAAGCGAAAGGUAGCUCUGUAUGCACUGCUUCUUUAGAGAUCCAGGUUGGGAUUGUUUCUGCCUAUUGUGUUUUUAUACAGAUGUUCUGUGCUGUAAGAACUUCCCCCUAAAGAGAAUCCUGACUUAGAUAUUCGUCUAGAAAUACUGUUUUAUACAUCAUGUAAAUGUCCUGGGGGAGUCUAAAAGACAUCAGUUGCAAAAUUCAAACUGUUGUACAGGGCAGUGCCCAAAUCUCUAACCCAAAAUCAUAGGGAAUGUGGU